AUUUUCAAUCGUUCACUUAACGAAAUGAAAAAUGAAAAACUCACGUGAUCUCUCUAACACCUUCUAUAAACACGAGGUGAUACGUCGUUAGAGAGAGAAAGAGAGAGAUAGAAAAAAUAUAUAUAUAUAUAUAACGUAUUUUCAAUCGAAUAUAAUCAUCGAAUCAAAUAUCAGAUCGGAUCAACGUUUUGUUCUUUCAUAUUUAUAUCGCGUCUGUGAGAGAUACGAUCUGAUUGGUUGAAAGUGAAUUGUGCUUUUAUCAAUUGCUACGCGUGUGUGACAAUGUGAGAAAGAAAGAGAGAGAGAGAGAGAGAGCGAGAGAAGUAGAGAGAAGAAAGAUCGAACUUUAGCACAUAGAGCGAAAAGUAUAGUGAACGUUAAACGACAAACGGAAAGAUAAGGAACGUAUAAGUGAGAGUGAGAUAAAGAAAGAAAGAGUGUGCUUAAGUCUAUAUGUGUGUGAAAAAGAAAGAGAGAGAGAGAGAGAGAGAAAGAGAGAGAAAUAGAGAUAUAGAUAUAUAAAGAGAAAGAAAGAGAAAGACGGAGAUAAAUCGUCUGAGCGCUGCUGGUAAAUAGGAUCGAGUGCGCGAUUCCAUGACUUUGAGGUUGAAAUCGGUGGAAAAGCAGUGCGGACGGCACUCGUGCCGUAAUCACAAUGGAUUUUAAAUAAUUCGUGUUGCGUGCGACAGAGAAAGAGGUAGAGAAUAUAGAGAGAAGAAAGUGUCGCUUGGAGUUUUGCGCCCAAGAGUGUUUCUUUUUUUUUUUUUUUUAAAUUCUCAUCACACAGGUAAAUCUCUCUUCUCUUAUGUACAAAGAGGAACCCACGAACGAACCGAUGCGUUAACGAACGGCCAAAAUGGAAGAGCAAAGCGUUCACAGCAGUAUCAGUGAUAUAAAUAGUGAGGAGGCCGUUAGAAGUGAGACUUUAGUGAUACCACGUAAGAAGAGAAUAUGUUUAGUCGGUACUGCUGGUGAUGAUCCUGCUCUGGGCGCUGCUGCACAACAAUUUAGUGUUCCAGUAUUGAAAUCGGAAACAGGCGUGGAAUAUAUAGAAGAUACUGCAUAUUGCACUUAUUUUAUACUCAAAGAAUUUGAGGGACCUGAAUAUGAUGCUCUUCAUAAAAGUGCCCAUAGGAUAUUGGGACCAACAGCACUUUUGCAGUUGGCAGAAAAGAAGGACUCAUUACCUAGUAUUAAAAGACCAAUGUAUACACAAGCCAUGGUCGGCUCGGUUGUUGUUUUCACAGGAUUUAGAAAAAAGGAUGAGUUGACAAGACUCAUCAAUAUGAUACAUAAUAUGGGUGGUAGUAUUCGGAAAGAAAUGGGUACAAAAGUGACGCAUCUUAUUGCUAAUUGUUGUGGUGGUGAUAAGUAUAGAUAUGCUGUUAUAUUUAGAGUACCUAUUAUGUCAAUGAGUUGGGUGACUACUCUCUGGAGUACUAGAGACGAUGUUUCCAGUUAUGGAAAUAAUGAAGAAUUGAUAACAGCUCAUAAACUAAAGCCAUUUUUUGGUGCAAGAGUGUGUUUCUUUGGUUUUCCUGAAGAAGAAAAGAAGCAUAUGUGUGAAGUGUUACAACAACAAGGUGGCGAGCCAACAGAAAUUGACGACCCUAAUUGUACUCACGUAGUAACAGAAUUAGGCAGUCAGCAAAACAAGAAAUCCAACACUGAAAAUAAUGGAUUACUAUAUAAAACAAAUUCAUCUAAUGUCACUUCUUCAUAUCCAACAGAAUUUAGUCCAUUUUCCUUUAUUUUUUAUAAUCCAUAUAUUAAUGCUAUCCCUAACAUCAUGCCAAUUGACUCUGCAUAUUACAUAUUAAAUAACAAGAAUAUUAUUCAAUCUGAAAGUAAACAUUAUAACAAAUGGGUACCUUCAUCUAAUCUUUCUUCUACACAUAAAUACUUUAAUAUGAAAGAAAACUAUAUUUCAGAAAAUAUUAAUCAAGAUUCAGAUAUUUAUAUGGAUGAUAAUUUUUCUGAUACUCAAACUUUAUCUUCUCAAUCUGACACUAUCUCUUCUGAGUCUUUUUCAUCAAUGCAAACUGAUUCAGGUAUUGAUAUGUCUGUGUCUAGUAAAGAUGGACUGGAGAUAACUACAAGUUCACAUACCUUUAAAAAGAUACGUUCUUUUAGUUUGCCAGUAAUAUAUAAAGUAGCAUGCGAUCCCAAUAUGCAGGAUGUCAUUUCUAAAACAGAAUUGUCUACAAACCAAAAUGUGAUAAAAGAAAAUUUUAAAAAUUUGGAGAACAAAUCAGUAUGCUUCAGAUCUUCUACAUUAAACAAGAAUAAGACAAAGUUACUUGUAUGUGUACCUGAAGUUAUCGAAGAAGUAGAACCUUAUCAAUCAGCUCAAUUUGAUCAUUCUACAAUUUUAAAUAAAAAGGUAAAAAAAAGACGAUACAGAAACUGGACAAAGUCUAAGUCUUGCAAUACAAUUUAUAAAGGGGCAUCUUCAAAUAGAUCACAUUUUAGAAAAAUUUGUUCUUAUCCUAAUCUUUUUAGGCAACAUGAUUCUGAUCUUAGUGAUUCUCUUUUAUAUGAUUCACCUAUUCCUAAGAAAAAAAAUAAAAAAUGUUUUUAUUCGCCAAAAAAAAGUCCAACAAUAUUUUCGAAAUUUCGUGAUUUAAACUUUUCUCCAAUGUUAAAAAAAUAUGUGUUAAAUAAUUCAACUAUAGAACAGAGUCAACCUAGACAGAAGUAUACACCAUUACCUAGCUCUCCUAUUAUUCCCACAAAGAUAGCAAAACUAUCACAGUCUAAACAUAUACCAACAAGUGACUUUGAACAACAAGGAAAACUUUCAAACUGUCCUUUCAAGUCUUCUGUACUGAAAGAUGCAAAAACGAAGAAACAGGAGGACGAAUCAUUACUUGUGGUUGUGGAUGAAUCAAAUGUAAAUACACUGCCUGACUUGGCGUCUGUAAAAGCACACGUUGUAAAAGCAGAAUGGUUUUGGACAUCUGUUCAGGAUGAAGGAGCAGCUGACGAAAAAGACUAUUUAUUUGAGAAUUAUCUAGAAUCAGUACUAUCACCAACUGCAUCAGUUAGACGAGAUAGUCAGCAGACAGCUACACCAAGUACAGCAUCUACAAGACGAAAACGUAAACGUCUUGCCGAAACUCUAUCUAGUUUGGUUCAAAAUGGAACAGACUCGCCAGCUGUGCACAAAAGACGAUCUAGCGUCAGUGAUGCUGGGCAUCUAAGUGUGAGUGGUAGUUUUCUUGAUUGCACAGCGAGUCCUGAUAAACAAUUACUCGAUGAUAUUCCAGAGGUAGAAGCUGUUAAUGCAGAGAGUACUAGGAAAAAUCGAUCCCCACGUCACCAAGUUUUUCUUGAACUAGUGCAGACAGAAUCUAAUUACGUUGGUAUUUUGAGUACAAUUAUGACGCUAUUUAAGUCACCAUUGGAGGAUCUUAUAGAAAGUAGUGGUGAAUUAGUGAAUAGUACAGAAGUAAAAAUUAUUUUUGGUAAUUUUCCACCAAUUUAUGAGGUACAUAAGAAAAUGUUAGAAGAGUUACGUUAUAGCGCUACUUAUUGGACAGAAGAUGUUAGUAUAGGUAAUAUAUUUCUGAAGUUUGCACCUGACCUAGUCAAGGCAUAUCCUCCGUACGUCAAUUUCUUCGAAAAUACAAAGGAAAUGCUAGACCAAUGUGAUCAAAACAAGCCACGUUUUCAUGCUUUUUUGAAGAUCUGCCAGACUAAACCUGAAUGUGGCAGGCAAAGUUUGAAAGAGCUCUUAAUAAAGCCAGUACAGAGGUUACCCAGUAUUAGUUUAUUAUUAAAUGAUAUCCUUAAGCACACAAGUAAAAGUAAUCCGGAUUAUAGCGCGUUGGAGUUAUCAAUUAGCAGUAUUAAAGAAGUUAUGACUUAUAUCAACGAGGAUAAACGAAAAACAGAAGGCCAAUUGGCAAUGUUUGAUAUCUUUAAUGAAAUUGACAAUUGCCCACCACAUUUAGUAUCCUCGCAUAGAUCUUUUAUUGGAAAAUGCGACGUAAUGGAACUCAGUGAAGGUCUAAGUGGUCGUGGCGAUCAUUUGGUUCUAUUUCUUUUUACGGAUAUUCUAGAAAUUUGUAAAAAAAGAUCAAAAGCUUUCAACUCGUUAAAGAGUCCCAAUACUGCAAAUGGAUUACAUUCUGCAAAAUUAAGCCAAGGAAAGCCAUAUAAGCAUAUAAAAAUGUUAUCUCUUAGUACUAUUAGAAAGGUUGUGGAUAUUCGAGAAACUGAAGAAUGUCAGAAAGUAUUUGCACUUAUGGUAAGAAGUAACCAGGAGUUAAAGGAAAAAUUAUUUUCAUUUACAAUUAUUGAUGAAGAUGUAAACAAAACAAACUAUUUACGUACUUUAUGCAGACAGAUGGCUAAUACAGUUUGCAAGGCUGAUGCGGAUACGUUCCUGAUAAGUCUUGAUUCACAUCAGCUGGAAAUUGAUACUAGUGAUGUAGCGUUAGGAACAUUAAGUAAAGCAUUUAAGAGCCUAUUUCAUAAUUUUUACCUGGAGUAUAUGGACCCGUAUGUGUUCCUACUCAAUAGCAUGUGUGAAACUACGUUACAUGUCCCACUACCGUUUGCAUCUCGUACAAGGAGGAAAGUUGGUAGAGCGUUUAGUUUUAACAAGACUCCUAGUAAACUAAAGAGGGCUAUGUCUACAAUGAUGUCACCUUUUGGGUCAACAAAUAGUCUCACUCCAGCGAGUCAGCAACUUGCCCAGAUGAGACUUGCUAGUUGCAACAAUAUUAACGGAUGAAUUUUAUCAUAUAUAUCAUGAACUGGGUAAUGGUGGUUCAGACUCGCCCACUAGAGACGAUGUUCUAGUGGCACCCAUGUCGGUUCAACCGACUCGAAAGGCCAAAUGCAGCUCCCUCAGUAUGGCUUCACUUCGAAGGUUGUAAUCAAUGUACAAGGAUUCAUGCAUUCUCUUUUCUGCUACCAUUGCUCGAUGUAUUCGAUCCGCUUUUCUGUGGUCUAAUUGCUUGAAUGUUGUUUUCUUUUCUCUUUUAAUAUCUUUGCCACCGUGCUUACAGACAACAUUUGCAAAUCUAUUUUAUCGCACCUAAAUAUUACAUAUAUAUAUAUAUAUACAUACACACACACAUAUAUAUAUAUAUAUACAUAAUAGAUAUAUAAUGAAAUAAGGUAAUUGCAAAUGUGGUUUGAUAAUUGGAGGAUGUGUGACCUAGUUCUGAAAAAGUAUAUCAUUUUACACUACAUUGUGGUUUGAAAUCCCAGUCUCUACAAAAACUUAUAAUAUUUUUUAUUAUGAGUUUAGAAAAAUUAUUUAUUUUAAAAUGACGCAUAUUUUUAGAAAAUCUUUGUAGUGUAAUUUUAAGAAUUUGGCCCACACAUAGUCUGCGAUUGAUGGAAGGGACCCAAAAAUGUCAUCACUUAUGUUGUUAUGAAUUUAAUUAAUAUAAUUACUUACAAUGCUACCGUUUUGUAAAUUCAUUGAAGAUAAAAAUAUGUGACACUUAUAAAGUAUAAAAAUGUGCCUAAUUACGUCACAUUUACUAUGUCGAUUUCGGUACCGAAGUGCCUUAUUUAUGGCAUUUUUCAUGUUACUAAUCACUAGUUACAUUUGUAAAACUAAUUUAGCGAGCAAGUUUGUUAUGGACAUUAUUAUACAAAAAAAUGUAUUUGAAACUUGUUUCACAAGACUUGUCUAUAAAUAUCUGUCUUCUACUGAUUCGUAACACAUACCGUUCAGUGUAUUUGUUAUAUGUUUCAUUUAAUAUUGAAUGUUCUCUAAGCAUAUUUUGUAAAAUAAUACAGCUUUAACUGUUUAAUAAAGUAUUUAUUAAAUUUUUUCUAUAUAGUUCACUAUUCUUAAUGUAUUUUUUAUAACA